AUGGCCUCCGCCACAGACCCCCUUGCGGGCCUCACUGGCAACAAGUUCAACACUUUCGGGGCCCCCUUCGUCGGGUUUGGGUUCUCUUGCUUGCUGCUGGGAACCCUCAGCACCCAGAUGUACACCUACUUCCGCCGCUAUCCACAGGAUCGACCGUUCUACAAGGGCUUGGUCGCGGCAUUGUGGGCGUUGGAAGUAAUAGAUCAAGUAUUCAUCGGAUACGCUGUCUAUUUCUACGUUGUAACUUCAUGGGGUGAUCUCAGCAUCCUAUUUGAUCGUCCUCAAUGGUCCCUUAUCCUACAAGUGACACUGGGUGCUACAGCUGGAGCCAUCGUGAAAGCAUGCUUCGCAAUGCGUGUAUGGAGGUUCAGCAAUAACAACGUGUGGGUCACCGGUCUUAUCAUACUGCUCACGGUUUCGCAGCUGGCGAUGGCAUGUGUCUACACGGCAGAAUCCUUCGGUAUCGCCAAUCUGUUGCAUCUGGCACAGGUCAAGGUUGUUGGGAGUAUUUCAUUAGCUCUGGGCGUGGCUACCGACAUUGUCACCGCGGGAGCGCUAUGCUUCUUCUUGCGUAAUCUGCGCACAGGGUAUUCGAAGGAUGAUUCACUCGUCAACAAUCUCACCUUAUACGCCGUGAACACCGGCGUGCUGACCAGUGCGGUCAGCUUGACUACGUUGAUUUUGUACGAUUUGAUGCCCGAGGAUUUCAUCUUCAUGGGUUUCUACUUUGUCGUCAGUAAACUGUACGCAAAUUCAUUUCUAGCAACGCUGAACACGCGUCGUGUACUACGGGGGCGUGGCACGGAUGGCGAGCAAGCAACCAUGCCCACCUUCCUCAUGGUUGGCAAGGACUCUAAAAAUGCCCCUAACGCCGACCCAGAGGCGACCGCAGGAACAAUUCUGGAGGUUGAUGUUCACAAGGAGGUGACGGUCACUAGAGACUCAUUUCACCACUCACGACACCAGUACGCGGUGGGGUGGUGA